CUAGGACAGGCAAAAAUGAGGGGGAAAAUAGAUAUGUCUUGAACUCAAACAGAAGCAACUUUUACAAAUAUAAAAACUAUAUAUUGUGUUAUGCAAGAUAAACUGUGUUGUUUUUCUGUCAGAAGCUGAACUGAGAUAGUAUCUUAAGCAAAAAGUCAAAUAUCUACAAGUUUCACGAUGACAUAACUCUCACAAAUCGGAAACUGAGUCAAUAUAUUUUGUUUGUCUUAAAACAUUUUACUCUCUUGAAUCGUCCCGUGAAAUGCACACGCACAGACCGUGCGUUCGAUACUUUGACUUCUAGAUCCAUCAGUGAUAAGUGCUUUUCACUUUGCUGCGAACUCGGAAGCUGAAACUGCAGCGUCGUGCGACUGCGCCCAAGAAAAACAAAGAUGAAAGUCAUACAUAAGAAUGCCAUCAAGACCAUAGUGUUUUGUGUACUACUCCUUGGGGCCCUGUUUCAUUUCUGGAACCCAUGGACCAGUUUAAGGGUCGAUGUACGACCAAGAGAAGGGGGUCCGAUACAAGAGCAAAUUUUUGCAAAAACUGCAAACCUCAUCGGCCUUUAUCCCGAUGUCCCCUUCCACAUCAAAGAGGCUGUAGCACACCGUUUGGCACAAAACACAUGUGUUUGCAAAGCAGAUGAGAAAACCUUUAAAGUUCCGUUGUUGAAUCAGUUCUUCCCGCCUGUUUGGGCCCAGAAUCUCCAAAAGGCCUUUUUGGGAAACCACCCUGAUCCUGAGGGUGUAAAGCGCCAUAGGACUCAGGAGUACGAUAAGUUCAAGAUCAGGUCUUCCAGCCCAGCAGAUGUGUUGAUCGUGGCUGAGGCUAACAACCCGCUUCAGUACCCUUCACAAGGAGUGGAGGUUCAGCCCCUCAAAACCAUCAUCAUUCCUGGUUUGGCUCUCAAGCAGAAUAAAAGAUCAAACUAUUUGGUCAAUUUGACAGCAGAAUUAGGGACUUUCGACGUGGCUGCCACAGUAGAAGGAGUGUUCAUAAAGGGAGGAGGCGAGAAGCACAUCACACUUUCAGGCUCUCGCUUGUCUGCUCUCAACCAACAGUUGCAGUUUGUCACCUAUACAAGUAUUGUGUUUCAUCCCAAGACAGCAGACUCAGUUCAAUUUGCAACUGAAGGUCAUCAGGCAUUCUUUACCAUCAAAAUAGGACAUAGGACCAUCCCAAAUCUUUACAACUCUGGACACAGCAGAGACUACAACAUUACCGCUCUGGUUACCAUCGCCACCAAGACCUUUCUGCGCUACGACAAACUCAAAGAUCUCAUAGACAGCAUCCGGGAGUAUUACCCCUCCAUCACCAUAGUGAUCGCAGAUGACAAUGAACACCCUCAGCCAGUCACUGGUCCUCACAUUGAGCACUAUAUUAUGCCCUUUGGAAAGGGCUGGUUUGCAGGGAGAAAUCUGGCCGUGUCUCAAGUGACUACCAAGUAUGUGCUAUGGGUGGAUGACGAUUUCAUCUUCACUGCCAACACUAAGUUGGAAAAGAUGGUUGACAUCCUAGAGAGGACCACUCUGGAUCUGGUUGGGGGCGCAGUGAGGGAGGUGACUGGAUAUGCUGCCACAUUUCGACACACCAUUUCAGUUGAAAAAGGAGGAACAGAGGGCGACUGUUUACACAUACGUCUGGGAUACCAUCAUGUUAUUGAGGGAUUUCCAAACUGUGUAGUCGCAGAUGCCGUCAUCAACUUCUUCAUGGGUCGGACCGACAAAAUGCGGCAGGUUGGCUUUGACCCCCGGCUGUCACGAAGGGGCCAUUUAGAGUUCUUCAUUGAUGGCUUGGGUCUCCUCCAUAUUGGCUCCUGUAGUGAUGUCAUAAUAAACCACGCAUCUAAGAUUGUCCUGCCCUGGAGGAAAACGGACGAACAAAAAGCUUAUGAAAAAUUUCGUUACAGUGUCCAAAGUAAUCUUUCUGAUGAAAUCUUCUACUUUAAGUACAGAAUGAAGUGCUCGACGAGUCAAUGAGGGCAAACCUGGUGUGGUUAUUUUUUGUUUGACAGACAGAAUUGUAGUGUUUACUGUGUAAACACAAAGAACUACCCUCUCAGGAUCUUGCAUGUGUCUGUACUUUUGGAAUUACUCAUUUUGCUUACACAUUUUUAACUGCAGGUGAAGAUGAUGAACAGUAAACUCAUACGAGGUUAAUGUAUAAACAAAGGGAAGCAAAACAGUGACACACAAUGUCUUGUCUUUGUUUGAGGAUUUUCUCAGUCAGAUGAUGCAUUUAGUCAAAUAAAUCCCCAAAGCUCGACAGCUAAAAGACCAUUUGACAUGUUUGAAAGAAAAAAAAAGCUCAUAUAUUCAUAUACACAUUCAUUCAAGGUCCAUUAACUUUUCAAAACAUUGUUUUAUACUUACAGUCUUUAAUUAAAGUAGCAUUUUUCUGGAAUAAAUAAAUAUCUUUAGUGAAAAGUUCAUUAAGUUGGGCUGUCAUUGCAGAACUUCUCCACAAGAUGGAAACAUAACAAAGCAAAAAUGUAAAAAGGAUACGGAAACCUUGAGUUUGUUCUGGAUUUAUUGGAACUGUUUACAUAUGUUGCAGAGUAUAGGAAAAAAAACAUUGAUUGCAUGUUUUUGUACCAUUCCAUUGUUUUGUUGAACAGUGCUGCUAUAAAAUAAAUGUACUUAUGUGUUCAUUUGUGUACAGAAACACUUUGCUUUCGUUGUGUAAGCGUGUUAGGUUGGGAAGCCUAAUUUGUGCAUUUUGUUCAAGUUAUAAUUGUAAUGAAACAUUUGUGGUUAAAUAAAAGUGUUUUACUGGCUGGCCCUGA